UGAAACAUAGAUAUCGAUUAUAACUUGCACUGUAUUACCAAACAAGUGUGGAUAAAAUACAGAAGUUCCAAUAAAUAAUUUAAUCUAUAAAUGUUAAAUGCUUAAAAUGUUCAAAGUCAGAUCAGCUAUGGAUCGUACGAGCAGCGGUUUCAAACUGUUGAGUUUAACAAGACAUCCGACCAACGCUUUGAAGGACAUAAUAACUAACGAUAGUUCUGCAACAUUAACUGGUGAUUCUAUAGAAUUAAACACGACAAUAAAACUGUUCAAAGGCAAAGAUCAAGACAAUCAUACUGAUACAAAGAGCGCGGAAAAUGAAAAGUGUUUUGAAGAAGAAGACGAGGAAAAACUACAGUCAGCUCUAGCAGAAUUACAUGAAGAAAUUCAUAUGACAGAAAACAUUUUUAGACAUAGGAGGAAAAAUGAUUUAUCAUCCAGCUUUUUCAACAAUGCAAUAAUAUCCGGCAUAGAGCAAACGGAUACAAACUUUGAUAGUUUUAUUUUUUCCGAUGAGAUGCUCAAUGCAAAUACAACAAACGAUAUAGACGCGCCAACAGAAACUCCUUUAGAUUUGGAAAAAAACCUACAAGAAGGAAAUAUUAGCAAUGAAGAUAAUGAUGAAGAAGAUGCAAAAAAUCAUCCAGAAGAAGAAGAUAAUGAAAACAAUGACCCUACAUAUCAAAUCGGCAAUGAUAGGGAACAAUAUUCUGAUGAAGAAAAUAAUGAUUCUAGUGAAGAAGUUUCACGAAAAAGGAAGAAGUGAAGAUUUUCUAAUCCUGCAGAAUGGAAAUAUAAUGCUAAUAAAAGAAAUAGAGAGAAACGGGUUGAGUAUAUGGGUAGAAAAAAUAACAAAUUCGACAGAAAGAAAACUAAGAGAGUAAUGAAAGCGAGAUGUCUGUGUUCAAACAAACCUUUGAAAACCGGCAAAGAAAUAGUGUGUAAUUCAGUGUUACAAUUUGACGGAUGAUGAGGGAAAAUUAAUUUUCGCAAAAUUUUGGUUCCUUUCGUGGCCUGAGAAGAAGAACUACAUUUCUGCAAAAGUCUUAAAGAAUAAAACGAAACGAUCAAGGCAUAGAAAGGGUCCGGAAUUAAGCCAGAGGACAACUUCGUAUAAGUAUUUUCUUAAAAGGAAAAGCGAAGAAAUUAGGGUUUGUAAGCUUAUGUUUUGUAAUACAUUAGGAAUUUCUAUGAGAACCAUAUUAGAGUGGAUAAAAGAUGAAAUGUCUAGCCCAGCCAAAGGAGAAGAUGAACAGAAUAGUGAUAAAAAUAUACAAAAUAAACCUUCACGAUUUGAUGAAGGAAAGAUAAAUUUGAAAAAAUUCUUUGAAGACCUGCCUAAACUUGAAUCACACUAUUGCCGGAAAUCGUCAACAAAAUUAUAUGUAGAGCCAACGUUCAAAACCAAAUCAGAGCUUUAUUUUCUCUAUAAAGAUAAUUGGUGUGUAGAACAUAAUACAACUCCAUUAUCCAUUGCCACAUUCUCAAACAUGUUUGAAGAUCUGAAUUUAGCGUUGUUUUUGCCAAAAAAAGACGAAUGCGAUGUCUGCGUAGGCUACAAGACAAAAAAUUUAGAGGAAUCUGUUUACAGGGAACACAUUAUCAAGAAAGAACAGCACGGGAAGCAAAAGCAGAAGACAAAAAUUCAAAAAAUAAGGUUUUUACGAUGGACCUUCAGUCAGUACUGUUGUGCCUGAAAUCGAACGUAUCAGCUCUGUACUAUCGGACGAAGCUUAUUGUACACAAUUUUACAGUGUUUGAUUUGCAUUCCAAAGAUGGCUAUUGUUUUCUUUGGCACGAAGGUCAAGGGGAUCUCAGUGCCAAUUGUUUUUCAUCAAUAAUUUGUAACUUCUUGAUUAAUAAUGUAAUUCCUCAGCUUGAGCCAAUGCAACAAAUAAUAUUAUAUAGUGACGGUUGUAGCGCUCAAAAUCGUAAUUGCACUUUAAGCAACGCCUUGGUAAAUCUUGCACUCAAAAAACAUGUUUGUAUCAUCCAGAAAUAUUUAGAAAAGGGCCACACCCAAAUGGAGUGUGACUCUAUGCAUUCUACCAUAGAGAGGAAAUUAAAAGGUCUCCCUAUGUAAAUUGGCUCGAAAAAAUCCUAGAUCGUAUGAGGUGAGCUAUUUAGAUUACACUUUUUUCAAAGACUUCAGUAAACUUAAUUUAAUAAAAUCCAUUAGACCUGGAUUUAAAGUUGGUGAUCCAACUGUCAACAAUCUUAGAGCUCCGAAGUAUAAUCCAGAUGGUAAAAUCGAGUUUAAGAUUCAACAUUCCGGGGAAUUUCAAGAUAUGCCUAUCAGAAUAAAACCAAAUUUAAAUUAUGUAUCGAUUGACUCUCUUCCCUUAUUGUACAAAGAACAAUUGAAAAUUAAAAAAGAAAAGUUGAUCGAACAUCUUAUGUUUUUAAAAAAAUCUUUUGCCAGAGAUUAUCAUAAUUUUUAUGAUAAUCUAUUACUUAACCAUAAGACUUAUCCAUUUGAUUCUUUUUUAAUACU